AUGGAGGGCUUGUUCUUCAACGUAAACGGCGGGUAUAUCGAAGGUCUUGUUCGCGGUUAUCGAAACAGCCUGCUCACCUCACAGAACUAUGGAAACUUGACCCAAUGUGAUACUAUCGAUGAUGUCAAGCUCCAGCUGGGUCCGGCCUACGGCGAUUUCCUUGCUUCCCUUCCCCCAAACCCCUCCACCUCCUCCCUCGCUGGCAAAACCACAGAAAAGCUAGUGGCUGAAUUUCGCUACCUACAAGCCCAGGCCACAGGCUCCAUCGCUAAGUUCAUGGAAUACCUCACCUACGGCUACAUGAUCGAUAACGUCGCCCUGCUCAUCACAGGCACCCUUCACGAGCGGGAUACGCGUGAGCUGCUCGAGCGCUGCCAUCCUCUCGGCUGGUUCGAGACCAUGCCGGUCCUCUGCGUCGCCUCCAACAUCGAAGAACUCUACAACUCUGUCCUGGUCGAGACGCCGCUGGCCCCUUACUUCAAGGGCAGUCUGAGCCACCAGGACCUGGAUGAGUUGAAUAUUGAAAUUGUCCGGAAUAUGUUGUACAAGAAUUACCUGGAGGACUUUUAUCGGUUUGUCAACUCCGAGCCGGGACUAAGGGGUACUCCGACAUCGGAAAUUAUGUCAGAGGCUCUCGAGUUCGAGGCGGACCGUCGUGCUAUUAAUAUCACGCUUAACUCCUUCGGAACGGAACUGUCUAAGGCGGAGCGGAAGAAGCUAUAUCCUGAAUUCGGAAAACUGUAUCCCGAAGGCUCACUGAUGCUGUCGCGGGCAGAAGAUGUUGAGGGGGUUGCCUUGGCUGUAAGCGGUGUUGGGGAUUACAAAGCAUUUUUUGACGCUGUGGGUGGUGUUGGUGGUGGGCUAGGGAAUAUGGCUGGUGGCGGUAGCAGUGAUGGCAAGAGCUUGGAGGAUAUGUUUUACCAAAAGGAGAUGGAGAUUUCGAAGUUGACUUUUACACGGCAGUUUACCCCGGCCGUCAUCUAUGCAUGGGUUAAACUUAGAGAGCAGGAAAUUCGAAAUAUUACCUGGAUUGCGGAGUGUAUUGCUCAGAAUCAGAAAGAACGGAUAGGGAAUUAUAUUAGCGUGUUUUAA